UACAAUCUUUGUGUUUGACCAAUUUUUUAAUGGAAACUUUUGGUUCUAAAUUUAUUAAAGUAAUAGCUUUGCCAUCUUACAUUAAAGAUGAGCCAUCUUACAUUCAUAAUGAAGAAGUAGCAGUUUUAAAUCAUUUUAAAAAAUUAUGGGAGAAUAAAUAUUACGUUUUUCGUUUUAAGUUGACAUUUGAAAUUUUUUUAAGUUUAGACGAUUAUAAAAGAGGUACUCAAGAAUUUGAGAAAAUCGAAAAAUGUUACGAAUAUUUUAAUCUAAAAGGGUAA